AUGGGUAACGGCCAGGGAAAGCCUGUCGACCUCAACGGCGAAGUAAGUCUCAACCACUUUCGCCUUUUACGAGUCGUCGGUCGCGGUGCCUUUGGCAAAGUCCGCAUCGUUGAGCGAAAGGAUACCGGGCUAUCAUUUGCCCUGAAGUAUAUUCGCAAAGAUGAAGGUAGGCCUCAACUAUCUGCCAGACCCCUGCCCCGCAUUGUCAAGUCCGAGAGCGUCCGCAACAUCGUGCGCGAGCGUCGCAUGCUUGAGCAUGUCAACCAUCCUUUCAUUUGCAACUUGCGCUACAGCUUCCAGGAUAUUGAAUACAUGUAUUUGAUUGUCGACCUCAUGAGCGGCGGUGACCUGCGUUUUCACAUUUCCCGAAAAACAUUUACCGAAGAGGCUGUUCGCUUCUGGAUUGCGGAAUUGGCAUGCGCCUUGCGCUAUGUUCAUGCCAACAACAUCAUUCACCGAGAUGUCAAGCCGGAUAAUGUUCUUCUGGAUGCAGAUGGCCAUGUGCAUCUGACGGAUUUUAAUGUUGCGUCCGACGUCGUUCCAGGACGAGUUUUGACCAGCAAGUCUGGCACCCUCGCCUAUCUCGCGCCCGAGGUAUACGCUGGUAAGGGUUACGAUGUCCGUGCAGAUUGGUGGUCGCUCGGCGUUCUUUUUUACGAAUGCAUCUACAACAAGCGUCCUUUCGAUGGCACUUCCGAGUCCACCUUAAGCCAACAAAUUCAAUACCAACAACCCAGAUAUCCCGUUACGCAACCCCCCGUCUCUCUCCCUUGCCUUUAUGCCAUUGGCUCAGCCCUGGAUUCGAACCCGAACACUCGUCUCGGCCAUACCUGGGAUCAUUUCACUAGUCACGAAUUUUUCCGCGACAUCAACUUUGAUCACCUGGAACAGAAGCGGAUCGAGCCCAUAUUCAUACCAUCCUCUGAGAAGACGAAUUUCGAUGCCACGUAUGAUCUUGAAGAAUUACUGCUAGAGGAAGCCCCUUUGGAGGCGCGAGCGAGACGACAAAAGCCACGUGAACGUUUAAAGGAGGACGCCUCACAGCAAGAAAUCCGAGAGGAUGAGCUCUAUCGUAUGAUCGAAACGGACUUCAGCCCAUUUGAUUACACGAUAGCUGCGUACAAGAAAUACACAGAAGCUGCUGAAGAGGCUGGCAUCCCUCAACAUCCGAGACACCCACCCCCACUGCAGCCGGCUCAUGGUGACGGUCCAAGAGCCAUCACCACCGAUGAUGCAGUGCCUGCCCCCCCUGCAGGAGACGUGCCCUUCCUCGGAACAUCUGUCAGUGAUGAGGCGACUUAUCCCAAGCCGGUCCGCUCCGCCCCAGCGCCUCCCAACUAUCGAAGCGAAUACGUUUCUAGGCGGAACAUGUCCAAUAGCAACAGGAUAACAAGCCCCACUGGUGGCGUUCAAGUUACUCUUGAUGGCGGUGGUAGCUGGUCUGACCUCGCCCGUCGAGACGCGACAUUGCCCAUUGAUGCCAAUACAGCGGCCGUCUCAAAGCACGAGGGCUCAAGCAGCAUGUUUGGGUUUCUCAAGGGCAAGAAGGGUCGUAACCACAGCCCCAAGCCCAAAGAGCGGGGUGUUUUAGGGAAAGAGGGCGCUCGCGUAGUCAUCAGCUAG